AUGAAUCACGAGCUGUACGUGCCAAAAAUAAGAAUUAGCACGUGCGUACUCGCUUAUGGCGUACUCGCUUAUGGCGUACUUGUUAAUGUUUGGACACCGAAGAUCAGACGAGCGGAAUACGUGAUGGCCGUGAGACUAUUGACUGAUAGAAAUGAACACAACCACUCUCAGAGCAAGAACAUGAAAUGUAUUCAAUGCUGGGAAAUGUAG